UCAACACUGUUCGGUUCACGUGGAGGGAAGAAUCUGACUAUGGCACCGAAACUGGAGCGGUUUGUCAGCCCCGGUAAAGGUAACGGUCUGAGGGCGAUAGCCGGGAUCAAGAGAGGAGAGCUGGUCUACUCGACGGAGCCGCUGGCGUGCUGUGUGUCCAACAAACAGGCCAGAGAAGUCUGCCACCACUGCUUUACACGACAUGAGACCUUGCUGAGGUGUUCCCAGUGCAAGAUGGCUCGCUACUGCAACCUCAGCUGUCAGAAACAAGCAUGGCCUGACCAUAAGAGGGAGUGUAAGUGCCUGCAGAGCCUCCUACCCAGAAUUCCCACUGACUCUGUCCGUCUUGCAGCGAGGAUCAUCUUCACCUUGUUAGGCCCAUCACUGAGAAAAAGCAGCGAGGAGCUCUACACUUUAGAGGAGCAUGAAUCACACCUGAACUCCAUGUCUGACCACAAGAAACACGGUCUGUCUCAGCUGGCCUCCAUGUUAGAGCUUUACCUUCAACAGGAAAUACCUGACCUGGCACAGGAAAUGACAUCAUCACUGCUUCCUUCCUGCCAAGAGCCACUCAGCCUUAUUGGGAAGGUGACGUGUAAUUGUUUCACCAUCAGUGACGGAGAGCUGCAGGAGCUUGGAGUUGGGCUUUAUCCGAGCUUAUCUCUGUUAAACCAUGACUGUAGGCCCAACUGUGUGAUGGUGUUUGAGGGAACAAGACUGCAGCUGAGAGCAGUUCAGGAUAUCAGCGCUGAAGAGGAGCUCACUAUAAGUUACAUCGAGACGUUGUCACUGACUGAGGAUCGCCAGAAACAGCUGGAGGAGCAGUACAACUUUACCUGCCACUGCCAUAGCUGUGAUUCUCAGGAGAAAGAUGGUAUCAUGCUGUCAGGAUCAGAAUCAAGCUGGCAGCAGCUGAAGGAGGCUCUUCCUAGACUAGAGAAACUGAAAAUGGAGUCCAAUUGGGGAGCACUGCUGGAGAGUUGUAGUCAUCUUUUAUCAACAGCUGGAGGUGAUGUACCGGAUGAAAAUCUGUAUAAGCUCCGACUGACAGACAUGGCUUUAGAUGCUGCCGUCCAGCUGGGACUCUGGGAGAAGGCUCUGCAAUAUGGAGAGAUAACACUUCCAGUAUACAGACAGUACUUCCCUGAUCCUCAUCCGGUGCAUGGAGUGCAGCUGGUAAGAGUUGGAAAGCUGCAGCAUUACCUGGAAAAUCUUCAGGGUGCAUUGGACACAUUCAAACAGGCCUAUCAAAUCUUAAAGAUCACCCAUGGUGAAGAUCACCCCAUGAUUACAGAGCUACUGAUGAAGAUGGAGGAAUGUCGCGCUGAGAUGGCCCAGCAAUCAUCCAGAAGUCAAUAACUAACACACAAACAGAACACUGUCUAUCCAAAGAUCUCUGUUAAAAGUGGAUCUGCUUAUCCCUUGAUUAAUUUUUUUUUUAAUUUUGUACAAACUAAAGUAGUAAAUGAUACAAUUUAAUUACUGUAUUUGCUUUUUUAAUUAUAGCAAUUAAAGUUGGU